GCCGGAGUUCACUGAAGCAGGCGGCUGUGUUGCUCCUCUUGUCUCCCUCACUCACACUUGCUCCGCUGAACAGGGCCAGGGGGACUGUGCUGUGUUGCAUGACUCUGUCUGUCUGGGCUCUGCCGAGUGCUGACAUGACCACAGAACAGGAGAAGAAUGAGCUCACGCAGACUCCUCUGCUCAAGAUAUGGGUGCCAUGGUUGGGGAUGGGAGGCUGCAAGCUAAGUCGCCGGAGAGGCUCCUCCGUGCCCCAGCUCACCAACUCCCCCACUCUGAUUGUGAUGGUUGGACUGCCUGCCAGGGGGAAGACAUACAUAUCCAAGAAGCUCUCCCGCUACCUCAACUGGAUAGGGGUUCCAACAAAGGUCUUCAACUUGGGCCAGUAUCGCAGGGAAGCAGUACAGAGCUACAAGAACUUUGAGUUCUUCAGACCGGACAAUGAAGAGGCCAUGCAGAUUCGCAGGGCCUGUGCUACAAAUGCCCUUGAAGAUGUAGUUAUCUACUUCUCAAAGGAACAUGGACAAGUAGCCGUGUUUGAUGCCACCAACACAACACGGGAGAGGAGGAUAUCCAUUGUGAGCUUUUCCAAGGAAAAAGGCUACAAGGUAUUUUUUGUGGAGUCCAUUUGUGAUGAUCCAGACAUCAUUGCACAAAAUAUCACGGAAGUGAAAGUGAGCAGCCCAGACUAUGUGAACUGUGACAAGGAUGAGGCGCAGGCAGACUUCCUGAAACGUAUCGAGUGCUACAAGCAGACCUAUGUGCCUUUGGACGAUGAGAAAGACAGGCAUCUGUCUUACAUUAAGAUCUUCAACGUGGGCUCUAGGUACUUGGUGAACCGUGUGCAAGACCAUAUACAGAGCCGGAUCGUGUACUACCUUAUGAACAUCCACGUCACACCGCGUUCUAUCUUCCUGAGCCGCCACGGGGAGAGCGAGCUGAACCUGCUGGGUCGCAUUGGGGGAGACUCAGGACUCUCUCCCAGGGGUCACAAGUAUGCCACUGCUCUGGGGGGCUUCAUCAAGGGCCAGCAUAUAAAGGAUCUGAAGGUGUGGACCAGCCAUAUGAAGAGGACCAUCCAGACUGCAGAGCAUCUGGGGAUUCCAUACGAACAGUGGAAGGCUCUCAAUGAGAUUGAUGCAGGUGUGUGUGAGGAGUUGACAUAUGAAGAUAUCCAGGAGAACCACCCAGAAGAGUUUGCACUGAGAGACCAGGACAAGUACCGGUACCGUUACCCCAAGGGUGAGUCGUAUGAAGACCUGGUCCACCGUCUGGAGCCAGUGAUCAUGGAGCUGGAGAGACAGGAGAAUGUGCUGGUCGUGUGUCACCAAGCCGUCAUGCGUUGUCUGCUGGCCUACUUACUAGACAAAACCGCAGAUGAGUUACCAUACCUAAAAUGUCCUCUUCAUACUGUGCUCAAACUUACACCGGUGGCCUAUGGGUGUAGAGUGGAGCACAUUUGCCUAAACAUUGAGGCAGUCAACACGCACAGAGAGAGACCUGGGAAUGUGGACAUAACCAGAAACCCAGAAGAGGCGCUGAAGACUAUUCCUGACCACUUUUGAAUAUGAUUUAGAGGAUAUGGACUCUAGGACCGUACUGAACCAGCAAUAUUAUAUUUUCAAGUUUUAACUUUAUUGCUCGAUCAAUUAUGUCUUAGUACCUUUUCCCGAUUAAACUUGUCAAAAUCAGCAAGUGUCAAAGGGGAAAAAGAUAAGGAAGAAGACUAGAUGAAUAGAAGGUCAAAAAGGACAAACCCCACUGCCCCCGGAAACAGUGAGGGGGAAAUGGACAUUCUGCCUCCAACAUGGGACGGCUAAAGCCCAGUACUGUAUGAGUGUUGUUGACUGACCUAUAACGUCCAAUAAAUGUGCAUCAGUCUGCUCUGUCUUACCCUGGAGUCUCAUGGUGAAGUGCAGUCGGACAGGCUGUGUGAGAGGUGGUUUGGCAUGGUAUUGUCACUAGAGUGUGAAAGAGGCCAGACAAUUCUGACAUUAGGCUACAGGAUGACAAAUGUAAAAUGUCCUCCAUUCUAGUAGAUUAAUAAACACAUCUUCUGUUACUUAAUGAUACAUGUCUGACUAAUUAUUAACAUCAUGAACAGUUCCCAAACAAACAACAUGUUUACAUUUUAGCAGACUUAUAGUAGUGAGUGGGUACAUUUUAGCAGACUCUCUGGUCUUAUAGUAGUGAGUGGGUACAUUUUAGCAGACUCUCUGGUCUUAUAGUAGUGAGUGGGUACAUUUUAGCAGACUCUCGUCUUAUAGUAGUGAGUGGGUACAUUUUAGCAGACUCUCUAGUCUUAUAGUUGUGAGUGGGUACAUUUUAGCAGACUCUCUGGUCUUAUAGUAGUGAGUGGGUACAUUUUAGCAGACUCUCGUCUUAUAGUAGUGAGUGGGUACAUUUUAGCAGACUUAUAGUAGUGAGUGGGUACAUUUUAGCAGACUCUCUGGUCUUAUAGUAGUGAGUGGGUACAUUUUAGCAGACUUAUAGUAGUGAGUGGGUACAUUUUAGCAGACUCUCUGGUCUUAUAGUAGUGAGUGGGUACAUUUUAGCAGACUCUCUCGUCUUAUAGUAGUGAGUGGGUACAUUUUAGCAGACUCUCUGGUCUUAUAGUAGUGAGUGGGUACAUUUUAGCAGACUUAUAGUAGUGAGUGGGUACAUUUUAGCAGACUCUCUGGUCUUAUAGUAGUGAGUGGGUACAUUUUAGCAGACUCUCUCGUCUUAUAGUAGUGAGUGGGUACAUUUUAGCAGACUCUCUGGUCUUAUAGUAGUGAGUGGGUACAUUUUAGCAGACUUAUAGUAGUGAGUGGGUACAUUUUAGCAGACUCUCUGGUCUUAUAGUAGUGAGAGGGUACAUUUUAGCAGACUUAUAGUAGUGAGUGGGUACAUUUUAGCAGACUCUCUGGUCUUAUAGUAGUGAGUGGGUACAUUUUAGCAGACUUAUAGUAGUGAGUGGGUACAUUUUAGCAGACUCUCUGGUCUUAUAGUAGUGAGUGGGUACAUUUUAGAUUAUUUUUUUCCACACUGGUCCCACAUGGGCAUUGAACCCACAACCCUGGUGUUGCAAGCACCAUGAUCUACCAACCAAGCCACACAGGACUUGAUGGAUGUGAAAAACGGUGUGACUUUGCUAAAGGAGUCUCUUGGCUUGGCUAGAUGUGCAACACUACUGAUGACAUAUUUUUAAGAAAACUUGUUGACAAUAAAUACAUUUGUGACAAAGGUAUACGAUACCACUAGUUAAGACAAAGAGUUUAUUGUACUGAAUAAGUGGAACUAGAUUUAUGAAAUAAAUGGUGAAAUUAAAAUAAAUUGCCCCACCAAUUUUUAUAAAUGUUUUACAGAUCAUGCAAACUUGUAUUAGAGCCUAGAUGUCAGAUAGUCAUGUAUACAAAUUAAAAAUACUUGUUUUA